GGAAUGCUACCUGGAACGCUUAGGGUAAUAAGUGAUUUUGUUCAUAUCAUCUAAAAGGGGACGCACCAUGUAUUUAAAGUUGUUUAGCAUUGUUCCAUCCCCAAAAACUGCUGCAUGAAGAUCCCCAUAUAUACUUCCCUUGCUUGGUAUAGCUCUGAUUUCUCAUGUCUUAUUCAUUGCUAGCUCUAAUCAAUAAUUUCGGUAGUCUUCGUCCCUGUAGUGGUUGGCAUAGUCCAGUGAGAUAGCAUCAUAUUAAUUCCAUUGUGUCUCUGGUAUAAUUCUGCUUGCACUGAAUUUCAUGGUCCAGACUUCAACCUGCUCAGUUUUUCCUCCCUGUUUGUGGAGUACCCUUAUUUCAACUUUAAAAGGGCUGAUGUGCUAAGCCACCCUACUAUUUUCCUGAUAAGGCAUCCAGCGAAUACUCACAGAGAGAAAGAUUGUUCGAUAAACGUGAUUAAUAUGUUCUUUGGUUCCGGGUCAAAUAAAGCUGAAAACUGGGAAGGUAGUAGAGUUGGUUUAUUUACAUACAACUUCUACUGCUCCCUUGAUGAGAAAGCCAGAUGGUGGUAAUUGACUGCCAAAUUGUAAGCUAAAAUGCCUUUACUGAACUCUGAAACAGCUUUCUGUAUUGUGAAGGAACAGACAAGAUUACUCUUGGCUGUCUAUUCUCUUACUCUAAACUAAUGUCUUGUUUGCUAGAGAAACCUUUGUCUUCCCUGGUGUGAAAUUCUAGCAAGAGCAGUCCUGUCAAAAGAAGGUCCUGCCGUCCUUAUUUAUGUAAGCCAUCCUGAGGUUAUGUGAAAGGACGGCAUACAAAUACUCUAAAACGAGUCCAUGGAGAAGAAGAAACCUGCUGUGGAGUUGAAGGCUUUUCCAUCCCCUCACCAUGCUGCUUCGAAACCCUUUGCAGCUCUCCCCCUUUCCGAUGUUCACUCUCUCCAGCAAAAGCAAAUGCCACUUCCCUCUGGUUCUAAAGUAAGCUGCUGUCCUCAUGGCCCCGACUCUUCCACUCGCGUUCCUCAGCUGCAUUUCGGUGGCGGUGGCGGCAGCGGUGGUGGUAGCUUGAUUCACACUGGCACAGUAUUAGACUCGCAAGGCACUGACACAAUCACUUGUCAAAUAGGGUCGGGUUUUACUUACCAGUCCGCAUCCUCCCUCAAGAAUGUUCCCGCUCGAAGCAACGUUGCCAGUGACUUGUCUGGAGCAUGCCUGGAAAAUAGUCUCUCUUCCUGCCCACACUUCCCGUGCUGUGGGAAGCUCCACUUCCAGUCCUGUCAUAGUAACAUGCACAAACUGCAACAGUUCCCGGCACAUCAGAGCUGCACAACUUCAGGCUACUUUUCCUGUUCUGAAUGCAGAAGUGGGGCUGCAGGGCUUCUGGAGGAACACCUCUCACAAUCCGAGCGAGCGUCUUGUGUUUGCACCAACUCGCACCUGAAAGUAGCACCUUCCGUUUGUUUAAAGGGCUCUCACUUCUGCACUGAGUGUUUAAGUAAGCAAACCAGAGAGAGUUCGGUUGAUGCAGCUAAAAUAUGGCCAAAUAUUCCUCUUCCAAAUGCCCCGGCUGCACCUGUCUCCCUCCCGGUAUGUAAUGGCUGCGGAACCAAAGGAGCCAGAAAGGAGAAGAGUUCACUUUUGGCCAGCAGCUUUGGCCACUUGCCCCAGAAAUACGGACCUCCAGAAGUUGCCGUAACAAACCAAGUGCUAGAAAACCUGCCUCCCAUUGGAGUCUUUUGGGACAUUGAAAACUGUUCUGUUCCUUCCGGCCGUUCGGCUGUAGCAGUGGUACAGCGAAUUCGUGAGAAGUGUUUUAAAGGCCACAGAGAGGCAGAGUUCAUUUGUGUGUGUGAUAUUAGUAAGGAGAAUAAAGAGGUUAUCGAAGAACUGAACAACUGCCAGGUAACAGUGGCACACAUAAAUGCCACAGCGAAGAAUGCAGCAGAUGACAAACUCAGACAGAGUCUUCGAAGAUUUGCCGAUACACACGCUGCACCAGCCACUGUGGUCCUUGUAUCAACUGAUGUGAACUUUGCACUAGAACUCAGUGACCUGAGACACCGCCAUGGUUUCCACAUAAUCCUGGUGCACAAAAACCAAGCUUCUGAAGCGCUCUUGCAUCAUGCCCAUGAGCUCAUCAGAUUUGAAGAAUUUAUUUCAGAUUUGCCUCCAAGAUUACCACUGAAAAAACCGGCAUGCCAUACCCUGUUAUAUGUUUACAACCUGCCAACAAACCGAGACACCAAAAGUGUCUGCUACAGACUCCGACGUUUGUCAGACAACUGUGGUGGGAAGGUACUGACGAUUUCUGGCAGCAGUGCAAUCCUCCGCUUCUUAAAUCAAGAUAGUGCUGAACGUGCUCAGAAGCGAAUGGAGAAUGAAGACGUCUUUGGCAAUAGGAUCAUUGUGUCUUUUACCCCCAAAAACAAAGAACUUUCUGAAACCAAGAAUACGAGUUCUACUGCAGCAGAAAAAGUUAAGUCUCCCAAAAAAGUCAACAAGAACACAAAGCUGUGCCUCGUGAACAGAGAAUCAAAUGAUCAAUCUUCCACCAACAAAGCAAUUUCAGGAAAAGGUUCUCAAGCAUAUGGGUCAGCUCAGAAGAACACAAGCAUAAAGAGUCUACAGGAACUGUGUCGUAUGGAGUCAAAAAAUCCAAGAACCUCUGAGAACCGCCAAGACCAGUCAAGAGAGAACUGCCAAGACCAGCCAUUGCAAAAUAAUUCUAAUGCAGCUAGUUCUGCACCUCUGGCAACCAGAAAAACAGGAGGAGGAGACGCCAUUCAUAAAAGCAAUCCAAAGAAGGAUUUGUCUGUAGCCAGAAGUGUCAGCAACUCCCCAAUAGAGAGAAAAGAGAAGGAUGACAUGUUCCAAGUUAGCUACCCGUCCGCUUUCAGCAUGCUCACAGCAUCAAGGCAGCUCAGCCCUGUUCUGAUUUCUCAGAGUUGUUGGUCGUCAAGGAGUGUGUCUCCAAACAUUUCGAACAGGUCUUCUCCGCUCACCUUGAACAUCCUAAAUCAUACGGGCAGUGCAGACUGUCCAGAUCCUUUUGCAAACGGGGUGGAUAUUCAGAUUAGCAACAUUGACUACAGAUUAUCCAGGAAAGAGCUGCAACAGACCUUGCACGAAACCUUCUCCAAGCACGGGAAGGUCAAAACUGUAGAACUCAGUCCACAUACAGAUUAUCAGCUGAAGGCAAUAAUUCAAAUGGAGAAUCUGCAAGAAGCGAUUAGUGCCGUCAACAACCUCCACAGGUGCAAAAUUGGUGGCAAGAGGAUCCAGGUCUCACUAGCAACAGGAGCGACCAAUAAAUCCCUUGCUUUAAUUAGCUCAGAAGCAAUGUCAAUCCUUCAAGAUGCUCCUGCGUGUUGUCUCCCUCUUUUCAAGUUCACAGAGAUCUAUGAGAAAAAAUUUGGACAUAAGAUAAAUGUAUCUGACUUGUAUAAAUUAACUGAAGUUGUAGCAGUCCGCGAUCAAGGCAAUGGACGGCUUGUAUGUCUCUUACCAAGUAGUCAAGCAAGACAAAGCCCUUUGGGAUCCUCACAGUCCCAUGAUGGUUCUUCUGCUAAUUGUAGUCCGAUCAUAUUUGAAGAACUGGAGUAUCAUGAGCCUAUUUGUAAACAGCACUGCAUGAAUAAAGACUUCAACGAGCAUGACUUUGAUCCCGACUCCUACAAAGUUCCCUUUGUGGUUUUGUCUCUGAAGACGUUCGCACCGCAAGUCCAUAGCUUGUUGCAAACGCAUGAAGGGACCGUGCCGUUACUUAGCUUUCCAGACUGCUAUGGUUCUGAAUUUAGCAAUCUAGAAGUCGUGCAAGAAGGCCAGGGUGGAGUUCCUCUGGAACACCUCAUCACUUGUGUUCCUGGUGUUAAUAUAUCCACUGCACAAAAUGGUAUUAAAGUUGUAAAAUGGAUACAUAACAAACCACCACCUCCUACUGCAGAACCUUGGCUUCUACGUUCUAAAAGUCCUGUGGGUAACCCACAGCUCAUUCAGUUCAGCAGAGAAGUGAUCGAUCUCCUUAAAAACCAGCCAUCGUGUAUCAUACCUGUCAGUAAAUUCAUCCCAACAUACCAUCACCAUUUUGCAAAGCAGUGUCGUGUGUCUGACUACGGGUAUUCCAAGUUAAUGGAGUUGCUGGAAGCCGUGCCUCAUGUGCUGCAAAUACUCGGAAUAGGCACCAAGCGUUUAUUAACCUUGACACACAGGGCCCAAGUAAAGCGAUUCACUCAAGAUUUAUUGAAGCUUCUCAAGUCCCAAGCCAGUAAGCAAGUUGUUGUGAGAGACUUCUUACACGCUUAUCACUGGUGUUUCUCGAAAGACUGGGAUGUAACUGAAUACGGAGUGUGCGAGCUGGUAGAUCUAAUAUCAGAAAUUCCAGACACAACCAUCUGUUUGUCUCAGCAAGAUAGUGAGAUGGUAAUUUGUAUUCCCAAAAGAGAACGUACCAAGGAGGAAAUCGAAAGGACAAAGCAGUUCUCCAAGGAGGUCAUUGAUUUGCUGCGUCACCAGCCCUAUUUUCGCAUGUCUUUUAAUAAAUUUAUCCCAUCCUACCACCAUCACUUUGGGCGCCAGUGCAAACUGGCCUAUUAUGGAUUCACCAAACUACUUGAACUCUUUGAAGCCAUACCAGAGGUCUUGCAGGUACUGGAAUGUGGAGAAGAGAAGAUCCUUGCGCUGACAGAUGUGGAGCAGGUCAAAGCUUUAGCUGCCCAGUUUGUUAAAUUGCUCCGGUCUCAGAAAGACAAAAGCCUUAUGAUGGCGGAUGUGCUCACAGAAUACGCUAAAACGUUUGGUUACCCGUUGCGCCUCCAGGACUAUGAUGUUGGCUCUGUCCCUGCAUUGCUGCAGAAACUGUGCCAUGUUAUCAAGGUUGUUGACACAGAAUCCGGGAAACAGCUUCAGCUUAUAAAUAAAAAGUCUCUCCGGGCCUUGACUGCACAGCUGCUGGUCCUCCUGAUGACUUUGGAUGAAACCACCUCUAUUUCUGUUGAAGAGCUUAAAAAUCAUUAUGAAACCACCCACGGGACUGCCCUUAAUCCAUGUGAAUAUGGCUUCAUCACAUUUACUGACCUGCUGAUAAGUGUGCCUUACUUCAUUGAGGUUUUUACUGAUGGCGAGGCGGAAUAUGUGAAGCUGACAAGCCUGUACGUGUUUGCCAAGAAAGUGAGGUCUUUGCUUCACACCUACCACUAUCAACAGAUCUUCCUUCACGAGUUCUCCACUGCCUAUAGCAAAUACACAGGCGAAGUUUUGCAGCCCAAAGCAUAUGGCUACAAUAACCUUGAAGAACUCCUGGGAGCAAUUCCACCGGUAGUAUGGAUAAAAGGCCAUGGUCAUAAGAGAAUUGUUGUCCUAAAGAAUGACAUGAAAACUCGUUUCAGCUCACCCAGUCUCCCCCUCGCCGAUGAAGAUCGCGGAGGUCAGCUUGCCGAUAGCGACAGACGAGCUACAGAGGCAGCGAGAGCAAGUGAAUCCUUGGAAUUAAAACUGGAAACACCAACUGCUGUUCCUAAUCAAACUGAUGAAGAGCUCCUUUGCCUCACGAACACGUCAGCUGUUGAUCUCUUGUGUGAGCCAGUCCCGUCCUGCCUUCCCUCCCCGCAGCUGCGACCAGACCCGGUCAUCCUUGAAUCCGCAGACCUCAUUCAGUUCGAAGAACAUCCAGCAACCCUUUCCGGUAAAGAGAUGAUGAUUCUAACGGAGGAAGAAGAGAAGGCCGGUUGCUCGUUACAAGCAAAAGAAGAACUGAGCCACAUGUCUGCAGAAAAGACUUCAACACGUCCCUACCCAUCCCCCGAUUCCCAGGCAAGCAAAGAAGCCACGGACAGCCCAGCCAAAAAGCAGCAUAAAAACCGGGUGAAGUUGGCAGCAAAAUUUUCACUUGCACCUGUAACCAAGCUUUAAGUCCUGCUGUGGUAUGAAAGGCAACACCUUGUUCGACUGCACAGAAAAUGAAGCUGUUGGCUACCCUUUCUGUUUUUAAUCACAAUUCUGGAGCGGGAGGGUGGUCACUUCUCUUCUGCUUGUCACUGUUGGCUGCCUUCUGGGAGGAUUUUGUUCAAUUUACACUGAAUUCAGCUGGGCAGGUAUUUUUAUUUGUACUUCAAGCGUUUGUCAAGGAUAAUUUAGCAUUUUACCAUUUCCUUUUCAUUCUGUUGAAUGCCGGCAGAAAGUAAACGAUAAAUCUUCAGUUUCUGAAACCUCCUAAGUGAUAUAAUCCUACAUACAACAUAUUCAUCUAUAGGCUGUUUCUAGUUUGAAUUUUUUGCAGGCAAUAAUAUCCCACUGUUGAAUCUUUCCUGCGAACCAGCCCGUAGAGUUCUUCUUGUUCAGGAAGGUUUUAUUCCAACCUUACAACCUGUCAUUGUAAGGCUGGAAUAACACCUGAAAUAUGGGGUCUUCAGCCUUAAAUUGAUACGGGCAAAAUGUAGGGUUUUUUUAGAUGACUUGUAAUUAACUCUUAUCAAAAGAUGACUGUAGAAGAUUAUGUUGGGAUUAUUACAAAACCCCUUUUAAAUGCCUUCUGUAAUAACUUAGUACCACUGAGGAAUCUUGCAGGAAGUUGAGGAUAUUUUAAGCUUCCCUUUUAUGAGAGCUCCAAGUUGAUGCUGAUUUGGACUGAGAAAAAUGGCAUGCGUUUCGAAGUAGAUGUUCAGGUGCUUCUUGCUGCCUCUGCUGAUGGGAUUACAGGAGUAUUUGGGAUUUCAGAAAUAUGCAUUUAAGUGCAUAAAUUAUGAAUCACAACCAGGGGUUAGAGGAGCUUUUUUAAGAUGGAAGGUAACAAUGCUGCAUCCACUAGCAGAAAAAUAAGAGCAGUGAGUGGAAAGGCCAAGGUUACUGUACUUAACCUUGUUUUCUAACUUUUUAAAGUAGUAAAUGGGAAGCUUAAUUCGAGUUAGUAUGUUUUUAACUGUGUCUGGUUUUUAUUCUGAAGUUUUCUUCGAGUGUUCAAAGCUGCUCUUCUGUGUGUACUUUUUUGCUUCCAAUUCCUAUUGGUGGUAUUUUUGUUGGCUUUUAGAAAGGCCAGCCUUUGUUGAAGGAGACAAGUCAGUGGAGUCCUCGAACUUUCUUUUUUAUUGAGCUAAAACGUCUUCAGAAGCUUUAUACCCCUGUUGGGUAAACUUGGCACUUACAAUGGGUUGUAUUUGCCAGGCAUGGAUUGUUACCGCUUGUUAAAAGAAAGAAACUAUGCAGCGCAGGUUUCCACUGGCUGGACAGAUAUGUAUUUUUUUUCAACCGUAUUUUCUAAUGCAUGAGAGAUCGAGAAAUAGGCUUGGAUCCAAUGGUCAGCAACUGAAAAAUGCCACUCGAUGGCUAUAGACAACCUUUUUUAAAAGAAUAAAAUUGAUUUUGUUUAAAAAAAGACUUUUAAACAAAGCAAGUAUUAAACAGUACUAAAUUAUAUAGCCAUUGUGAAUGCAGGGAAAUACUGGAGGUUUUUCUGAUAUCAUGGCAAGGCACAGUGUGUUUCAGAUCCUUACAUUUCCUCUGCAGACAUGGGGUUUGUAGGAAUAAAUGCUUAGUUAUUUUAGCCGUUACAUAAAUUUAUUUGAGAUCAUCUUUCCAUUUUCCUGAUGUGUAGACUGCAUGAAAAGAAAACCUGGGCACUUUGUGUUCGUCAUGGCAUGCAGAAUCAGUCAUCAUUUUGAAUUGCAAGUCAUCUAAAAUUAUGUGCUAGGCCAGGCUUGGGUGAAACCUAGAGAACUAUGGUACUCCCGAGUACUUGAAAUACAGAUGUGGUUAUGCCCUUUGUAGAAAAUGAGAAAUCUUUCUGGAUUCAUGUGUAAUUCUGACCAAAAUUGCUGAUUGAAAGUGAGAAUACGAUUUGGGAGAAAUUUGUUUUUCACAGAACAAGGCCAUCCAAUUCAAUGUUUCUUUUUACAAAGGCUUGAAGAAAUAAUGUGACUUGACAGAUUUGAAAAUUAAGACAAUUAAAUUCUUUAAUUUGUACUUGGCUAAUUUAGAUUUCUCGGCUGUGUGUGGUUUUUUUUUUUUUUUAAGUAUCAUUGAAGCUCCUGACUCGUGUACUGUCUGGAUGGGAUACAGUAGGAGACAAGCACUCAUCUUUCUCCUGCAUUGUCUAAUUCCUUUGGAUGACCUUUGUGGCUCCAAAUUCUGUUCUGUGUGUUGGGACCAAACAGUUGUCAAUAAAAUUUUCAAGCAAGCAUGUAAA